AUGCCUACCGGGCGACCCCGGUUCCUGCAGCCCGAGGUUGCAAUCGGCUCCGCCGCCCCAGCCCGCGCUCCGUACCUCCGCUGCCCAGCGGCCACUGGCACUUGCGGCCACGCGCUCCAGCCGGACCCUGCGACCCGCGCGCUCCACCGGCAGAGUGCGCGCCGCUCCCGCCGCGGGGCUCCCACCCCACAGCCCUGGGCCCCGGGCAGCUCCUCCCGCGUCGCGAGGCCCGAAGGCGGCGGAAUCCGCAGACCUGCGGGGUCCGAGCGCGAGCCGCCAACGGGAGCUGGGGACCUGCGGGGACCCGGAGGGGUGCGGCGGGGCGCGGGCGAGCCGGAGUCUCCCGGGAGGCCCCUGAAGCCCGCUGGCCCUUGGUGGCCCGCAGUGAUCCGUGAGAGCAGGGUCUCGGUCCCCGCACUGGCAGCCGCGGUGUCAAAUGUGGAGCAGAUGCCUGUUCGCCGGGCGCACCCAGGCCACACGGCCUCGAGACCCUCGGUGCCUCAGUCUCACGGCUGUCACCGCAUCCCAAAGUUUCCCCAAGUGCAGCUGGCGGACUGACCUGGGACGCGCUGUCGGAUCAACAGUGGUCCUUCACCUUCCCUAUCGGCUCUUGCUCGGACGCGCCCUCCGAGGGCAUGUGGCACCAGAAGCAGGAUCUAAGGAGGACUAUUUGGGCUUUGUUUACACACAUUUGGAGAGUCCCAGGAAGGAGAGAACAAACUUUCAUGAAGGCAUGGAUCAUCUCCCCAUCUCUUUUUAACAGUUUUAUUCAUGUAUGUAUAGCAUACAUAUUUAAAAGGUACAGACCAUAAGUCCAUGAUUUUUGUACAAUCUGGAGCAUCGUGCAGAUCAACAACAGAACAUAUUACCAGCAACCCAAAAGUCCCUAUAUCUGCGCCUUGGGAGGACUGGUGGCUUCUGGCGGCACAGAACUGUUUUGCUGUUUGUGUAUUUUCUAACAUCAUUGAGAAUAUGUCCUCUGCCCGGGUUCCCCCAUCGUUGUUACACUUCCGAUGAUAUGCUGUGGAUGGCCGUGCUUUUCUUGCUCUUUUAGAAGUGUAGUAUUCCAUUGUG